AAUUAAUUAAGUGAAAGUUAAGCAUUGUCUAAAAAACAUUCCACAAAAAAAAUCCAAGAAUAAAAGUCAUAGAUUUUAAAGAUGGUUCAUAAUUUUUAGGAAAUGCUUUAAAAAACAAUCCUUACGGACUAGGUUUAUUACGAUAUAUAAAUGAUAAAUUUGACUGUGGAUUUGUAUAUGAAGGUAAAUUUGUAAUUAUGGGUAAAAUAAAUUUAAAUAAAGAUUAAAUAUAUAAUGGAUAAUUAAAAUCCGGUCAACCUGAUGGAAAAGGAGUUAUUUUUGAUAAUAGUAAUGACUAAUGGGUUUUUGGAAAUUUCGAAUAGGGCAAAUGCAAUAAAGUAUAUCAAUAAAAUUAGGGUAAAUAUCCUCAAGAUUUAAUAAAUUAAAUUUAUGAAAAUAUUCAUAAAAAUUCGGAUUGCUUUGAAAAUAUAAAUAUUGAAAGUAAAAUUUUUAACGUACCUUUUGGAUUUAAUAAUGGAGUGAAAGAAAAUGAUGAAAUCGAAUGGGAAGCUUAUAAAAUAGAAAAAUUAAGAAAAAAAACUUUCAGUUAAAAAAAAUAAAGUAUUGUAACUUUUAACGUUUAA